CCAAAGAGCAGACGUGCUCGCCACGGCUCCGGGCUGCGCGCACGCGGUCCUGGUGCGCGCCCGGCUGGCUGCUAGCGCUGCGCCGUGCUGCCCGAAAGCAAGUGGCAGUCGCCAGCCGCGGGCCAGAGCCCAAGAUGCCCCACCACAGCCUGCGUGCGGCGACCGUCCUUCUGCUGGUGAUCUUGGAGCAGCAGCCUUGCAGCCCAGCCCCGCUGAACGGAUCCAAGUGGACCUAUGUUGGUCCUAAUGGGGAGAAGAGCUGGUCCAAGAAGUACCCAUUAUGUGGGGGCCUGCUGCAGUCCCCAAUAGACCUGCACAGUGACAUCCUCCAGUACGAUGCCAGUCUUGUGCCUCUUGAGUUCCAAGGUUACAAUGUGUCUGCCACUGAGCAGUUGAACCUGACCAAUGAUGGCCACUCAGUGAGACUGAUCCUGCGCUCGGACAUGCACAUCCAGGGCCUCCAUUCCCACCGAUACAGUGCCACCCAGCUGCACCUUCACUGGGGGAACCGCAAUGACCCCCGUGGCUCUGAGCACACCAUCAGUGGGAAGCCCUUUGCUGCUGAGCUGCACAUUGUCCAUUAUAACUCAGAUCUGUACCCCAACGUCAGCACUGCCAGUGACAAGACAGAAGGGCUCGCUGUCCUAGCUGUCCUCAUUGAGAUGGGCUCCUUCAAUCCAUCAUAUGACAAGAUUUUUAGUCACCUUCAACAUGUAAAGUACAAAGGUCAACAAGUGCUCAUCCCAGGCUUCAACAUUGAAGAACUGCUUCCCGAGAGGCCUGCUGAGUACUACCGCUAUGAAGGGUCCCUGACCACACCUCCUUGCCACCCCACUGUGCUCUGGACGGUUUUCCGAAACCCUGUGCAAAUUUCCCAGGAGCAGUUGCUGGCUUUGGAGACGGCUCUGUAUUUCACACAAGUGGAUGACCCUUCACCCAGAGAAAUGAUCAACAACUUCCGGCGGGUCCAGAAGUUUGAUGAGAGGCUGGUAUACAUCUCCUUUCGACAAGGACUGAGUGUGGGCAUCAUCCUUUCAGUGGCCUUGGCUGGCAUUCUUGGCAUCUGUGUUGUCCUGGCAGUGUCCAUUUGGCUUUUCAGAAGGAAGAAGAGUAGCAAAAAAGGUGACAACAAGGGAGUCAUUUAUAAACCAGCCAUCAAGAAGGAGACUGAGGCCCAUGCCUGAAGUCCCUGGCAUUCCCAGAUGUCCAAGGAAGGACCUUGUUUUGGACACUACAUACUUUGGCUCUGUGAACUUGAAACACCUCAAGGUGUUCUCUGGAGCUCAACCUUCAAACAUCCCAGACCUUUUGGAGUCUCUAACUGGACUUCCACUGUCCUGGUGACACUGCCAUCCCCACGGUGAUCCAUGGGUGGGAUGAGCUCUGGACCAGAAAGUAGGAACUUCGAACUGACUGCUCUGUGUGAAAUGGCUGUGCUGUCUGGAUUCUGGGUCACAAACCAGGCCACCUGCUGGUGAGCCAUUACGAGUUGGCAAACACUUCCAUCCAGGAUCUCACUUGGUGUGCUCUCAAGUGUCCUGGAAAUUCUGCUUAUUCUCCCAGCUUCCAGGCUAGAAUGUGCACUUUCUGUUUAGGUGUACUUUUGAAACUCAGUUUCUUUCCUCCAGAGAAGUGUUGUCUCCCUUGGAUUUCCUUCUGCUCUGAUAAACCUUCAGUCUGAACUUACGACUAUGGGGGAUGAAUUGAGACAGAAAGGAUCAGGAUGUCAGAAAGAAAGGAAAACAAGAGAUAUACUGUGUAACGUAUUGGGCAUCUUCAUAGUCCUGUCUCUUGGGUUAGAGGCACUGAUUGGACCUUAGAAUAAGGCAUUCUCAAAUUCCAUUUCUUCAUGGGGAUGAAAGAGUGACAGAAAGAAGAGAGAAGAGAGAGGGGAGAAGGAAAGGGAAGACACACAUGGUCUGGGAGAGUCUCUGUGGCGUUAGCACUGGAAUCACAAGUCAUCUCCCAAGCCACCAUGUGAGAAGGACUCAAUGUUAAGUCCAACCCACCCUCCCAUCAGUGGGGCAGUUGUAUUUUAUACUCUAUAAUUUUUUAUAAAUAAUUGUUCCUUGAAAAUGAGUUACUUCCUCUCUCCUAGAGUAGAUGUGAGUUCUGAGAUGAUCCAAUCUGCUUUUGAACCUACAGAAAAUAGGCAGAAGCAAAAUGAUUGUAGAACUUUGUCUCUCUUGCCCAAAUGUCUUUCUCUCACUUCUGUGACUCCCUCACUGCCAAUUUGGAAUCAGGGAUUGUCUCCUCUUCUGACUUUGAAGAUUUCUUAUCACAGUUUAGUUGAAAUAUAUUUUCAUGCUAUAAGAGCAGGGAACUAUCUGUGCAGGGGCUAGUGUGGUCCUGGUAUUUAAGGGCCAAUAAUAAUGGAAUGUUGCUAAGAUUCUCCAUUGUUCUUCCUCCCCAAGUCACAAAGGCUAAAGACUUAAUUCUUUCCUUAUUUUGCUCCCAUAUAGGUGGGAACCCUGUAUCAGUCAGUUCCCUGACUUGAGAAAGGGCCACAACCACUAGCCCUGCUUAUAGUUCACAGGGAACUUUCUGGUUCAUAGUCUCAUUUUGACAGCAUGGAAUGUCCUCUCUUAAAGCACAAGUUUCUUUAUAAUAUCUUCCUCCUUCUAUUCCUCCCUCUGACUUGAAAAAUUCUUUUUGUCACUGCCACAACUGUUCAUAAUGACAGCAAGCCCUAUGUCUGUGUAGCCUGUUUUGCUAUGCAAGUUUACAAGUGACCUCCUGGGGACUCAGAUGUGUCUGUGUGUGCAUGCACAUGUGCAUACAAGACUUCUGACAGCCUUGGAGCCAGGGGUGGUAUCCCAACCUUGCCAUUACAUGCCUGAUGCAUUAUCAAAUGACAGCAAAGACAACCCUCAUGACCAAGCAACAUGAAAUAGGUGGUUUCUUGGCCUUGGUUCAAAAUUGCCAAUCAGAAACUAGCAAAAACCACUCCAAAGCAGCUGGAUUAUCUUUUCAAAACACCCUCUGUAUACAUGAAUGAGUUCUGUGAGAGAACAGAGAGAUCAUUGUACCUGGCACAAGGGCAGGCUGUAGAAAGGGAGACUCACUGGAAGGUGAAAACGGUGGCAUUUCUUCUUCCUUCUUCCCCGUCAGCAUGGCCCAGGUACUCAGUCCUCAUGGCUGAGAUUAAUCAAAACCAGAAAAAAUGCUCCAAGAAUCAACAGUCAACUUCUUUGCUAAUCCUGCAGGACUCCUGAAGACCCAGUUUUCCUCAGAGUCUUACUCAUUCCACUGACACCAGCUGCUACUGCAGGAAAUCAGUGCUGUUGUGUGUGACACACAGCUAUCCUACGCUCGCCACUUAACUCUGUUGAGCGGUGGGUGCCUGGGUGGCCCCAGCGGGUGUUGUGUUAGGCACAUGGCAGGUGCAGCCCACAGAACAAGGCACAGGCUGGGGGGUGACAUGGGGAAGUCCCUGACUUCUCCAGUCUUUCCUUUGCCUCUCACUAAUGGGGGAUCUCGAGCAUCUUUGUUUUGCUUCUUCAGCAUCAUCUGGUAAAAACCUCUAUCUGUUGCUCUAACAGACAUUCUAGUACUUGCAGUGCUGACUCUCCUAAUCUUAUUUCAAGUUCAGACCCUAAAUUCCACUCCCUCUUGAAACUCUUAAGACCUUCUGACAGGCCCUUGGGAAGCCUGGGGUCUGCAAUCCCCCUCUGUCCCUGUGCCUUAUACCAUAGGCCACUGUGGUGAUGGUCUGUUGAUACUUCCAUAUUUAUUGCCACAAUGAUUGUAAUGCAGACAAACACUGUAAGUAUAAGAAAUGAUAAAUAAAAAAAAUUUUUUUGAGGUGAGGUUAAAAGCAUUAUUAUUUGCAAAGUGCUUUGUAGCUCCCUGUUAUGGUGAUGAGUAACUAAUGAGAACAGUCAAUAUCAUUCACACCCAGGUCUUGGAACCUGGCUCAAAAGAAAAAUAUACAGAUGAACUUAAUCACUCAGUGGAAUACAGAGGCCUACGUAUGUGCAGCCCCCAGUCACACAGCUGCUUCGUUAGUGAGGCUGGGAAAGCCAGAGUAACUAGAGCAAGGCCCAGGGAGGGGGCACCGUGCAAGCUGGGGUUUGAGGAACAAGUCAGACUUGAAUAGAUGGAUAGAAAAAAGGGGGAUAGUCUGAACCAAAGGGACUGAAUAUAGGGAACAUGUCCCAUAUUGCUUGCUUCUGAGAGUAUUUUACACAGCAGGUGAACAGCUUCUCUUGGUUGCCUCUUGCUUUAUUUUGGAUCCUUUUGCAAAAUAUGCUGUCACCUGCCACUGUUUCCCCAUAUAAUCUUUUGUCUAAACAAGAUUUCAUAUCCUGGUUUGCUAAGAGACAGUCCUGUGAAGGUUAUAGGUAAGCACCAUCAUUGUAUGAAUUAUUUAGAAAAGUCUCCAAUUUUCACUUUAUCAGCCCUGGGACUGAUAUGGAUGAACUAUACAAGAGUCAUUUGCUCCAGUAGGUGUUGGAGCAGCUGGCCCAGCUUUGGAGUAGAGACAUUACAAAUCCUCCUACCCCGUGGAGGCGGGGUAGGGAAGGUGCCUCCUGAAGUGGCAGUUAGCAUCUCCCUACUCUCUCCACAGCCUUCCCUCAUUCCCUGAACUCAACACUCAUCUGAGUUGAUGUCAGGGAAGAAUGCUGGCAAGAGCCAUGAGUUGGCAGAACCAACUUGGGUCCUUCAGCUCGGUCAUUAUCUCAUCUAAAGGCAGCUGAAACAAUCUUCAGCACACAGCCCAAGAGAAUGUAAGACACAUGACAUUUUAAACUUUCUAGUAGCCACACUAAAAAAGAGUAAAUGAAACCAGUGACAGCAAUUUUAAUAACAUAUUUUUUAAAUCCAAUAGACCCAAAACACUGUAAUUCCCACAUGUAAUUAGUAUUUUAAUGAGAUAUUUUAAUUUCGUGGUAGUAAGUCUUCAAAAUCUGGUGUGUAUUUUACACUUAUGACAUAUCUCAAUUCAGAUGCUAAAUUUUCCUUGUAAAUAUUUGAUCUGUACUUUGAUUUCAUCAAUUUUACAGUUGAAAAGCAGAGUUGUUCCUAACAGAAGUUUUCCAAAUUAC